AUGUUAGGUGGAUAUGCCCCAUUUCUUUCAAUGACAAAGAGGGAUUUUGGUGCUCAACAGAACUGUAUCUCUCCUGGCCCAGGACAGUAUGACAUUUCUAACGUAAAGGAGAAAGUGAAAGGAGGACGGUCUCUCCAGAACAGAGAUAAACGUUUUCGAGAAUCUGUUUCAUCUCUACCUGGACCUGGGACCUAUGAUCUGUUGGUUGGGAGUAAUGUAGAUAACCAUAAUUCUCAGAGCAAUAAUGCACAGAAACUUCAGAAAGUAAUACUUAGCAAUGUCAAAAAGCAUCCUAUAGCAGCUGCUCCCUCUAUUCCUACAUCUGGACAGUCAUAUGGUUAUGAGGAGACAUCAGACGGUUCUCUUAUAAAACAACUUCCACCUGAAAGGGACAACACUUUGGGUCCUGCCUAUUAUCUGCCUACAAAUAAAGAAACAUUUGCGACUAUGAAAUAUAAAGGAGUGCACUUUGGAAAGUAUACGGGGAAACGCAUUGAAUUCCAGAGCCAAGAUGCUCCUGGACCUGGCGAAUAUGAUAUUGAUCAGGAAAGUGCAGUGCAUUAUGAGAAUGUCAACUCCAAGAAGGAAGACAAGAAGAAAUAUGAAACAUUCAUUCCUCGGUAUCACGAAGUAAUCGUAUUACAGGAAGAGAAGAAGGGUAUACCAGGACCAGGAAACUAUGAAAUUAAGCGUCAGUUUGAUAAUAAUGGAGAGAGAACAUCGAAAUCUGCAAAUAUUCCACGUCCCCCAUUUCUUUCAAUGGCAAAAAGAUUUCAGUCUGUGAAAUCAAUCACCCCUGCCCCAGGCACAUAUAAUGAGCAACGCACAGCAUUUGAGGCCUUGAAGAAAAUAUCAAGUUCAGCUCAGACUCCAUUUGGGCAUUCUGCUGUACGAUUUACUCAACAUUCAAGGUUGCAAAAGACACCAGGUCCAGGUUCUUAUGACCUCUUCAGCCAUGGCUUAGCAAAUGAAAGUUUAAACAAAUCUUACUAUGAAAAAACUAACAAGGGAGCCUUUGGAUCUUCUGCUGCUCGAGCCCUUUCUAUGUCAAAAAAGGACGCACUUUGGACACCAGGUCCUGCUCAUUAUGUUGUUAAAGAUAAAAUUGAAGAACCAUACAAGAAACAUACUUCUUCGGCUUUUUCAUCUGGAACACAAAGAUUAACAUCUCCAGUGGGCGCAAAGGAAUCACCAGCUCCCGGUUCCUACAAUGUUUGUGAAGCAUUUGAAACAACACAUGGUAAAGGCAGAUACAGAGCCCCCAGGACCGUUCAAGCUAAAAGAAAACAUGCCUCAUUCUUGAGCGCAGCACCAAGAACACUUGAAAUUCAAACUAGCUGCACAGUGCCAGGACCAGGAGCAUAUAACCCAAUGAUGAGACCUGAAAGCCAAAGAAGUAUAUCUGUUCCAAGACAAGAACGGUUCAAAGAACCUAUGGAAGUGACACCAGGCCCUGGGGCUUAUGAGGUCAGGUCAAAGAUGUCUUAA